AUGCUUGAAGAAGCAUUCAAAUCUUCAUAUACGACUACUUGGGACGUCCGGGACUAUGCUGCGGACUUGUCACCGAGACAGAGUGGAAGCAAUGAGGAGUUGGAGAAGAAACUCUUGGCACGAUUCCCACCGAUCUACGAAACAGCCGGGUCCGAUAUCCCCUACCUCGAUCAACCGUGCCAUAUAACCGACCGGCAGGGUCACAUUUUACUUUGGUACUUUCCUGAAAUGUUCUCAGAACAGCUUCGGACAUUUAUUUGGGAUCACACAGGUUCUUUGAGCCCCAAAAAGAGAAGUAAUGGGACUUGGCGGGAUCACCACCCCGAGAAUGAAGGGGUCACUGGGAUUGUAAAUUUAUCACCCAGCUGGUUUUCUCAAGGACAUGAAGGUCCCGAGGAUCCACUGCGUGCGUCAGCCGAUAUUCAGGAACCUGCCAAUUCAACCUACCUCCAGAAUGUCCUAUUGGCCAAUGCAAUUGUUGGCACAAUCUAUGCCGUCAUACAACCCGAUCUUUUUGAGUCCGGUUUAGCCACCUUUGAGAAGCUUGCCAAUCAUGCCGAGGCAUUGGACGAUCCUAUCAAUAUUGCUCUUCGCGUUUGGGCCACUCCCUUCACCGGUCUUUCA